CGUCCACGUACAGUGACGUAAACACGUCACGUCGAUGCUGUCGCACGUGAGUGACGUGCGUGCGGCAACAACGUAGCGUUGACGAAAAGGAUCGAAUAAAAGCACCGGGGGAUUUGCCGGUUUACUUCUCCAUUUAACACGAAUUCUUUUGUAUUUUGAGCGUGGUCAACCAUCCAGAUCAAGAUGUCGUACAUGCUCCCUCAUCUCCACAAUGGCUGGCAGGUCGACCAAGCCAUCCUGUCGGAGGAGGACCGAGUGCUCGUGAUCCGCUUCGGACACGACUGGGACCCGACGUGCAUGAAGAUGGACGAGGUUCUCUACAGCAUCGCCGAAAAGGUGAAGAAUUUUGCUGUAAUUUACCUGGUGGACAUCACAGAAGUGCCGGACUUCAACAAGAUGUACGAGUUGUACGACCCCUGCACGGUCAUGUUCUUCUUCAGGAACAAACACAUCAUGAUUGAUCUGGGUACCGGUAACAACAACAAGAUCAACUGGACAAUGGAGGACAAGCAGGAGAUGAUAGACAUUGUUGAGACAGUGUACCGAGGAGCCAGAAAGGGACGAGGUCUGGUGGUGUCCCCUAAGGAUUAUUCUACAAAAUACAGAUAUUGAUUCUUAUUUUUUUUUCUCCCAUCUUUUUAAAGACGUUUUUUUUCCCUCUGAAGCAUUUUGUGACACAACACAGACUACAAGUUACAGAAGUUUUUCAACCUUUCUGUUUCCACCAGCAAAACAAGACAAAUGCUCAUGACUGUGUGACAUUGUACAGUUUGUGUUUUUUGUGUGUGUAGAUCACUGUUUUAUUCAAUUUCUUCAAAUUA